AUUUUUCCUGUCAGAUUAUCGUGCACAUUACAAAGUUAAUAACGUUAAUCACGAGGCAUGAUUUAUCUUCAUAAAGCUACUAAUUUGGAUCCCGCAACAAAAUCAGAUCAAAUUCUACUUUGAAUUCGAGAAGUCAAGCAGAGGCAAUUCAGAUUUCAGAGUGUUAAACCAUGAGAUUCUUGUUAACCAAAAGAGCAUUGAAAAUCCUCAGCCCACGUUUUCAGAGACCGUGCUUGACCCGUCCUUCCUUCUCCUCAACCUCGUAUUCCGGCGGAUUUUCCGACGAUUCCGAGCCGGAAUCAUGGAGAACGAUGGAGGGUCUGAUCCGUUGCCCGGCCAAUUUCUCCCCUUUAUCCCCAAUCACGUUCUUGGAGCGAUCCGCCAAGGUUUACAGAGACCAAACCUCUGUUGUGUUUGGUUCCGUCAAGCACAAUUGGUUCCAAACAUAUCAACGCUGUCUCCGUCUCGCCUCUGCUCUGACCCACCUCGGAAUCUCUCCCGGUGACGUGGUUGCAGCUUUGGCGCCGAAUGUUCCAGCAAUGCAAGAGCUUCAUUUCGCUGUUCCAAUGGCUGGAUUAAUUCUCUGUCCGCUCAAUACUCGACUCGAUGCUUCGACAUUGUCGGUUUUGCUCGCACACUCGGAGGCGAGAAUCCUCUUCGUUGAUCUUAAGUUACUUGAGCGUGCACAUGGAGCUCUUGAUCUUCUUGCUAAAUCAGACAGAACUAGAAAAGCUCCAAUGCUUGUCUUGAUCUCUCAGUCUAAUGAUGAUGAUGAUGAUGAAGAUGAUGAUAAAUCAUCAAGCUUUGCAUCAAACUACUCGUUUGAUUAUGAUUACGAAUCUCUGCUUAAAUCAGGAAACAGCGAUUUCGAGGUGAUCAAACCGAGAAACGAAUGGGAUCCAAUCAGUAUAAACUACACUUCAGGGACGACUUCGAGACCUAAAGGCGUAGUGUAUAGUCACAGAGGAGCUUAUCUCAACUCUCUCGCUACUGUUUUUCUUCACCAGAUGUCUGUCUCUCCUGUCUAUUUAUGGACAGUACCGAUGUUUCAUUGUAACGGAUGGUGUCUCAUUUGGGGAGUAGCGGCUCAGGGAGGUACAAACAUCUGUCUCAGGAAAGUCACUCCUAAGCUCAUCUUCAAGAACAUUGCUAUGCACAAUGUGACACACAUGGGAGGAGCACCAACGGUGCUAAACAUGAUUGUGAACUCUCCUGUGACCGAACAUAAACCGCUUCCUCAUAGAGUCGAGGUUAUGACCGGUGGAUCACCGCCUUUACCUCAGAUCCUUGCUAAGAUGGAAGAGUUAGGUUUCAAUGUCUCUCAUCUUUAUGGCUUGACAGAGACGUACGGUCCAGGGACACACUGCGUGUGGAAACCGGAAUGGGAUUGUCUUUCUUUGGAGGAGAGAACUAAGCUUAAAGCUAGACAAGGAGUGCAGCAUUUGGGUUUAGAAGGGCUUGAGGUGAAAGAUCCGGUGACAAUGGAGACUGUAGCAAACGACGGUGUAACCAUGGGUGAGGUUAUGUUUAGAGGAAACACAGUGAUGAGUGGAUAUUUCAAGGACUUAGAGGCUACACAAAAGGCUUUCGAGGGAGAUUGGUUCCACAGUGGUGAUCUCGCUGUGAAGCAUCAGGACGGGUACAUUGAGAUCAAAGAUCGGUUAAAAGAUGUGAUCAUCUCAGGAGGAGAGAACAUAAGCACCGUUGAGGUCGAGAGAGCUUUGUGUAGCCACCAAGCGGUUCUUGAAGCUGCUGUUGUGGCACGUCCGGAUAAUCAUUGGGGACAGACUCCUUGCGGGUUCGUGAAGCUUAAAGAUGGGUUUGAUGGUGCUAAACCGGAGGAGAUUAUUGAGUUCUGUAGAGAUCAUUUGCCUCAUUACAUGGCUCCAAAGACUAUUGUUUUCGGGGACUUACCUAAAACCUCGACAGGAAAAGUACAAAAGUAUCUGUUGAGGAAAAGAGCUAAUGAAAUGGGAAGCUUGUGAUCGCCAUUAAAGGAAAACUUAAAAAGCUUUGUCUUUUGGUAUAUAUAUAAGGAAAGAAAGAUGAGAGGGAUUGUAAAACUACCGUGUGAUUAAUGAAGAAAACAGAUCAGCCAUGGAUAUGGUAUUUGCUUUAAUUAGCUUUGAUACGCGGAAAGGCCAACGGUUUUGUACCUCACAAAGAUUUUAAAGACAUUAAAAGAAAAACAA